GUUCGAAGUGUCAUCCUGGACCAGUCGGCAAUGGGUAAGCGUCAUCGCGAUCACUCCACUACAGGCAGUACUUUGAAGCCGGGUCGUAACAGUGCUCUACGACAUUACUUCUUCGGCGAGAAAGGUGAUCGUAAACUCACAAUAAAACAUUUUCUCGAGUUUCAGGACCGGUUGCUUGAUGAGGUCAUGCGUCUGGAGGUGAGUGUAACUACCGCCUUUCUCUAUUCUUCCACCUUCAGCUAUUUUAUAAUUUGGACGGGCUCCAAUUUAUAG